UCUCGACGCCGGAGCCGCUCUUCAGUCGUUGGACCACGCGCAACUCUUCCGGGUGUCGAGUGAAUCGGAACCGUUUCCGAGCACUCUUCUUCUACGUACGUUCAUCGUCGCCGCCGUCGCCGCCGCCGCCACUUGGAAUAUUCCAGUCGAAUAAUAUUAUACGUAUUUUUAUUAUUUUUUUUUUUUUUAAAAUAAACUAUUUACGCUCGUUACAAACACGAUAUUCAGUGUCGUUUGGCGGUUUAUUAUUAUUUUUUUUUUUUUCUACACGCGUUAUAGACAAUCAUACGUUAUCGUACGUGCGGUUUUUUUUUACCGGAAAAUAAUUUUUUUCGGUUUUUAUAAAAUUUUUUUUUUCGACGCGAAAAAAAAAAAAUUUAAAAUCCAACACUGUUUUACCGAGGUUGGUCGCCGAAAAAAAAAACCAGAGAGAUUAAACGAAAUACGCUGCAUCGCCAUGGCUGUACCGUUCAGAGUCGAAGGCGACAGUGAAGAUCAUUCGUAUUUGCGAAUCGAAAAUUUACUCAAAGAAUUGUUGACAUUGCUCAGAUGGAUGCCCUGGACAACCGUCACCGGCAUGCCCACAGCGACCGCGGUCAUCGACAAUUCGCAGGCCACGUUCAUGCUACAGCGCCGGCAGACCGCGGGCAACAGACAGCAAUCCGCGCGCGGGCUCGUUCAUCACCACCGCAGACUGGCCACAGCCACCGCCGAGACGCACAACCGAUCGGAAGGGCAACAGCAGCAGUUACCGUUGCCCGACUUGAUCACGUCGACCAUGUCCUCAGCGCCACCGCCACCGCCGCCGCCGCCGCCGCCGCCGCAACCGUCUGCGGACAAGAAACCGACCAAGAAGAUUUUGCUCGAAGUCGAACUGUGCCCCGAGUGCUAUUACGAUCAUCAAAAGUUCAAAGUCGUCGCGGCCAACCGACGGGACAAGUCGAACGACGGACUUCCGUUGUCUCGACGACACCGGUCCACCGGAAUCGCCGACCGCAGAUCGUUCGACAAUGACGCCGAAGAAUCCGUAGUUGUCGUCAAAAAGUCGAAUGUAAAACAGCGACUCAUGUCGCUACUUACACCGUCGAAAAUCGACUCGUCCAUUCUCACUGCCGUGUUCGUGAUCAUCGGCUGGAAGAUGUUCAUUAAACAAUAGUUGUGUUUCGAAAGAGAGAGAGAGAGAAAGAAAAACAAAAUUUUUCACGUCUAAAAGACUACAAUAAGGUUCCAGUCACGGUUAUGGUGACUACAACAAACUUUUAUUUUUAUGCUAAUCAAAUCGACCGUUGAUCUCAAUACUUGCUGAAUUGUGAGAUGAUCCGCAAACGUAGCCAAAUUUAAUUUAUAUUAUUUAAUUUUAUCAUGAUUAAUUAUUAUUUUUUUAUUAUUAUUUUACUAAUUUUACUAUUAUAGACUCUUAAGUGUGUAUUGAUCAGCUACUGCUGUUAUAAGAUACAUAUGCUUCGGGGUUUUUUUUUUUUUUUUUUGUAUAUUAAAUUAUUAUAUAAUAAGUGUAAAUUUUUUUUUUUUUUGUAAUUAAUCUCUAUUUCUACGCUUUUUCUGUUGUAUUUUAAUAUCGUUUCACAUAGAAAUUCUGCGGUUUCAGUCCCAGAUCUGUUCACAUUUUGAUCUCGUUUUUUAAAACUAUAGAUUUCUGAACGGCAAUACCGCAGCGCGUCGCGUUUGCGGUUUUGAAUUAGUACGAAAUGCUAUAUAUUAUAUUAAUUUUUUUUAUAUUUUGUUCACUGUAAAUAAGCGCGUUUUUAAUUUUAUUACACACACACA